UGAUGUUUGCCUAUGAACAGUGUCUCCUUUGCUUGGGACACCAUCCCGAUAUUUGGUACGAGGCAGCUAGCUACUUGGAACAGGCUAGCAAGCUUCUGGCGGAGAAGGGUGAUCAGAAUAUGGCCCGGCAGUUUGCCGACGAAACGGCUGCUAUGUAUGAACGCGCCACUGCCCUGCUGAAGACUAACAUUAUGCUCUACUUCGCCUACGCAGACUACGAGGAGGGUCGCUGCAAGUACGCCAAAGUGCACUCAAUCUACAAGAAGCUCAUCUCUCUGGACGGCAUCGAUCCAACGCUGCCCUAUAUCCAGUACAUGCGUUUCACUCGUCGCUGUGAGGGAAUACUCUCGGCUCGCAGUGUUUUCAAGAUGGCGCGUGACGAUCCGCGCGUUGGCUACCAGGUGUACGUCAGCGCCGCGCUGAUGGAGUACUACUGUAGCAAGGACACCACAAUAGGCCACAAGAUCUUCGAGCUAGGUAUGAAGCGCUUCGCAAGCAAUCCCGACUUUGUCCUCUGCUAUGUCGACUACAUGGCACACCUGAACGAGGACAACAACACCCGCGUCCUCUUUGAGCGUGCGCUGGGCACUGAACAGAUCCAGUCUGAACGAGCUCGAGUGAUCUGGGCACGAUUUUUGCAGUUCGAACUUCAGGUAUCACCUUACUCUAUUUACGAUUUCUACCUGUACCCGCUUUUCAUGUUGCAUAGUCUAUCUAAAGGAGUUGGCGAUUUGGCGAGCAUCCUAAAAAUCGAAAAGCGCCGUUUAAAGACGUUGGAGAAUGUCAAGGAAUUUCAGGGUCGAGAAACUGCUCUUCUCAUAGAUCGGUAUAGGUUCCUUGAUCUCUUCCCUUGUUCGGAUUCAGAAUUACGUUCGCUCAAUUACAAGGUAGAUACAUUUAUCAAAUAUGCUGUUUUUGUCCGCAUUUAG